ACCACCCCAACACAAAAAAACGAGUUUUCGUAUUGGAUCUUCAAAGCACUCAAAAGCUACCUGAAACGUUUUGAUGUGGCGUCGUUCAGGAUCACAGUUGUAACCUAAUCUAAUCUAAGCCACCCAAAUCAGAAGGCCCCUACUCUGUGUUACAUAGUUACUUUGUUCCAUUGCACCGGUUUUGCAAUCAAGUAAUACACGAUGACCUCUAUCUAGUACCAACACUUUUGAACGUUAUUUUUUUAAACGGUUUUAUUUAAAUUGCCCCAUUUGUUUGUUUGGGUCAAAAGUAAUUGGAAUUUUACUUCUUUCUUAACGACUGAUCAAUGUGAUAUUUUGGUACACAUAAACUGGAUGGCCAUGUAAUAUCUAUUUUUUCCACAACUACCUCCAUUAUGGAAAUCAAACGAAACGACUUGAUUGGUAGUACGAACUCGUUAAAACCGUUUAACAUAAAAAUAUGUUAUUUUUUAUUCAGUAAGAAUCGGUCACAAUAUAUAAAUCAAUUCACUAGUACAUAGUAGUAAUAAUUUAUUAUAAAUUACUAUUCGACACUAACUCGUCCGCCAAGACGACUGGCGUGCUGACGCUGUGCAAGAAACACAGCUAUGUUGUUCUUGAAAGUAAACAAUUGUGUCAGCACAGGAGUUUCGCUGCAAUACUAUACUUGUCAUGGAGUGUAAUAUCAGUGGUGAUGUAACGUCGGUGGUGCGUGCAUCGGCGGCGGUGUCUUAUCAACCUGCUCAAAGUGAACAAGUGAAUUGCAUGAGUAUUUUCGUACCGUAACCGUACUUAAUCGAUACGAUAGGAAAACCUACCUCCUUGUUGUAACGUCGCCUUGGCCUAUUUUAGGCCAUGCUACGCUACUGUGUAAGUGUAACGCGUACUUGUGCAUCGCGCAUGAUACGGCAACUACGAUAAUGUUUAUUGUUGAUGAGCGCCGCGCGUCACUGGCGAGGCGCGGGGCGGGAGGCGCGGGGACGAAGGUGCGGCGCGGGCGGGGCGCGGGUGUGGCGCGGAGAGCUUGCGCAGGCGCAACUCGCGAGUGCGACUCGGUCGGGCGGGCGCGGCCACUCGCUCGCGCAAUGUGUUCCGCGGAGUGGAGCGAGAGCGAGUCGCCGAGCCCCGAGAGGGCCGAGCGCUCGCAGCGGUCAGUCGUCGGCGUGAUGUGCCACGCAGUUGUGCUAGGAGUGUUGUUCUCGCUGCCUUCCUAUCUGUACUCAGCCGUACCGUUCAGGAAGGCGCGGCGCAAGGAGCGCGAAGGUGAGCCAGCCGGCGACCCCAAGCUGUACCUGCAGGAGGCGCUGCUGGAGCGCAAGCUGCCCGAGCUCGACAUGCGCCAGCUCGUCGACCUGCCGCUCGGGCUCGACUACAACGAGUGGCUCGCCUCACACACGCUGGCGCUAUUCGACCACGUGAACUUGCUGUACGGCACGGUGUCGGAGUUCUGCACGGCCGCCAGCUGCCCCGACAUGACGGGCCCGGGCGGCCGCACCUACGCCUGGUACGACGAGCGCGGCAAGAAGUCCCGCGUCGCCGCGCCGCAGUACGUCGAUUACGUGAUGACUUUCACGCAGAAGACUGUCAACGACGAAACCGUCUUUCCUACUAAGUAUGCAAACGAGUUCCCGGCGCAGUUCGAGGGCGUGGUGCGGCGCGUGGUGCGGCUGUUGUUCCACGUGGUGGCGCACAUGUACGCCGCGCACUUCCGCCAGCUGGCGCUGCUGCGCCUGCACGCGCACCUGCACCUCACCUUCGCGCACCUCACGGCGCUAGACCGCCGCUUCGCACUGCUCGACCACAAGGAGACCGAGGUGCUGCGCGACCUGGAGGUGGCGCUGCGGCUGUCGGAGCCGGCGGCGGGCGAGGCGGCGGACGAGGCGUCCCCGCGGCGCCGCGAGCCCGUGGUGACGCAGCCGCUGGCCACGGCGUGAGGCCGGCGCCGCGCGGGCCCGCCGCCGCCGCCGCCGCCGCCGCCUCCGCCACUCCGCGCCGACUGUUUCGCCAGUUAAACGAUUGUUAAUUCUAUUGUAAAUAUUUCGAUCUGUUAAGUAGUUUUAGGUGAUUACGAAUAGUUUUACUUAUAAUUUGUGAUCGCUUUGGUUGUAAAUAAAAGUGAUAUUUGUUUAACUAAUAAAAUGAAAGCUUUAUGAGA